AAGGAAAAUAUUUCUUUCCAAUUUAACCCUUUCAGUGCCGGGCGAAAAACCGGUGCCUAUGCGAGAAUGACCGGAGGAAUUUGACGAAUUUUACAAGGAGUUGGGAAGAAGGUCAUAAGGAUCAGACUGAAAAUGAUAAUUACAUAAUUCAAAAAACAACGUAUUACGGAAGGAAGAGAGAGAAUAACGUAAUGCUAAUUGUAUUUCAACAUUUAUUUUGUAAUAGAGCUUCCUCGCGAUGCGAAGAAUAAGGUGCCGUCGCAUACGCAACGAUAUAUCGUCGUCCGGCACUAAAAGGGUUAAAUAAUAUUCUGACGAUUCUACUGAAAUACGGAAAAUAUUUGCUUGGCGCACAAGAGUGUACCGGAUAUCGAUUAGGAAAUAUAAUAUUUAUCACCAUUGCCUAGAGGACAAUUCUCCUCGAGGUCGUCACACGCGUUCGAUAUAUCGAACGGUGCUUUACGUUUACGACCCAAAGACUCGCCUCUCAAUAUUUCAUGUUUCAUGUGGAUUUCGCAAAGUGUUGCUGCUUCGCUGGGUAGAUUAAAUUCAAUUGGAACAAUGUAUUUGGCAAGGAGUUUCGUGUACAGUGUAGAGACCGACUUAACUGACCCGAAGCCAAGGGACGUUCCUUUUAUAUACGUUGGAGGUGGCAGGACGUAGGGGUUGGAAAGUGGGAAAAUUUGAGUUUUGGAAAUCCUAUAUGUACACAAAUACCGAUAUUAGAAUUUCGUAAAGGGAAAAGUACGUGCCAGUGAACGCAAAGUAAUCCAAGCCAGCACGCGUGUUAGAAAACGAAUCGUUCGAGAGACAAUUACAGCGCGCAGCUCUGAGCCUUGCGGCAAUAGAAGCAGCGUUGAUUGGCGCUGACUGAGGUCAAAGAAAUCAUGUGUUCGCAGUAUAAUGCGUAAUAGCUGUAGGAGGUAGGAGGCUACGUCGUUUGUCAUUCGCUUGAAAAUUCAUUAAACUCAAUAUCGGCAAGUUACGUCGCCUUCGUGGUAAUUACCCUAAAGCCUAGUCCACAUCCUUGGCUCGGUGUCGGACAUAGGCAGAGUAGAUCCGAGCGAUACGGCGCGCAGAAGGACAGCGUGGAAUUCUUAUUACCUUUUUCGUUCGCUCUGUAUAUUAUCCUCUUGGAAUAUUUUCUCGUUACGCAAUCCUUAUACGUGGAACUCUUUCAGUCGAAGAAGUGUACAAAGACCGGGACCAGUUCGCAGCUCUCGUCCGAGAAGUAGCAGCGCCUGACGUUGGCCGAAUGGGCAUUGAGAUUCUCUCGUUCACGAUCAAAGACGUUUACGACGACGUAGAGUAUUUGGCGUCCCUGGGAAAAGCACAGACGGCCGCGGUGAAGCGGGACGCCGACAUCGGCGUCGCCGAGGCCAAUCGCGACGCCGGCAUUAGGGAAGCGGAAUGCGAGAAAGCUGCGAUGGAUAUUAAGUACAACACAGACACUAAGAUCGAGGACAACGCGCGACUCUUCCAGCUGCAGAAGGCGAACUUUGAUCAGGAAGUCAACACGGCGAAAGCUGAGGCCCAAUUGGCGUACGAGCUGCAGGCUGCCAAAAUAAAGCAACGAUUGCGAAACGAAGAGAUUCAAAUCGACGUCGUCGAGAGACGCAAGCUCAUCGAGGUUGAGGAACAGGAAGUCCUCCGUAAGGAGCACGAGCUCCGAAGCACCGUGCGCCUGCCAGCCGAAGCCGAGAGCUACAAGAUCGGCAAGCUGUCCGAAGGCAAAAGGAUCCAAACUGUAGACGCGGCCAAAGCCGAAGCCGAGAGGAUUCGACUGAUCGGUGACGCCGAAGCUCAGGCAAUGGAAGCCAUCGGAAUAUCGGAGGCUGAACGGAUGCGCAAGAAGGCUGCCGUUUACAGGAAUUACGGAAACGCCGCCAUUCUCAACAUCAUACUCAACGCGAUGCCCAAGAUCGCCGCUGAAGUGGCGGCUCCUCUUGCGCGAACCGAGGAAAUAGUUCUACUAGGCGGAAACGACGCAACGAGCGGAGAGAUAACGCGUCUGGUAGGACAAGUGCCGCCAGCUGUUCAAGCCCUGACGGGAGUUGAUAUUUCGAAGGUGUUAGGAAAAAUUCCAGGAGCCAAGUAAUCUGCGUUACAGGUGGCGCAUCCGUCGCUCUGACGAAUUCUAAUGACGGUCAAAUGAAAGGCAAACACAAACUAUACUGCCAAUGGUUUCUCUGCUCUGCUAUUCUACUACCUGUCAGCGACGCUUCUCAACUUUUCUCCUUCCCGAACUUCUACCUCAAGCUCCGGCAACCCCGGUUAGGUAUAACUUCAGUGCUGCUACGUACCACCGACAUUCGUCAGACUUUGGAAAUUCGUCGUGUCUUUUCGCCGGAAGACUACAGGGAGACCCAAGUCGUGUCCUUCCCCGCAAACGGGACGGCGUAGCUAAGCGCAAGGACGUAUUAUGGAAAAUUGCACAGUCACAUGCAAACAAAAUUGAAAGAGUUCAAAUAGGACAAAUUGUCAGCAAAGAGUAGGCAAUGUACACUUAAAAUGUCGACACGCGCCUUAUUCGAUCUGGAUGUGAAGUGACGUUUGAGAAUUUUUAAAAAAUUCCCGCAUUUAUAUCGUAACGAAGCUUUUACGUGUGUGAUUUCAUAACAUUUUUUACAUUUUGCCUUAAUACUGAUAAGCGCGGCUUCUGGCACUUGGCUUCUACCUUGUGUUUUUUUUUUUUUUUCUUUUUUUUUCGACGUUCAUUAAUAUUUACUGUGGAAUUACGAACAAACGAUCUUACGCUCAUGCGAUACGAGUUGCAAGUACAUACCAAUACACACUGAACUUCUUUAUCGCUCUUACUCCCAACUAAUUAUAUUUCCUGCGAGACGCGUAAAGAAGAUGUAUUUGAUUCGAAAAAAUUCUUCAACUCCAAAACUGAAGUUCAACGUCCAUAUGAGAAACACGCACACUCCGUUCACAGGAUUCCUGUUGACUUCGUACACUGAGCAUCAAUCAAUGAAAAAUCUAAUUAGGUCCAAUAAGUUUCAAUUAAUUUCUGUGAUAUUAGCUGAAAAGGAAAUUGGAUUCAAUAAAAAAUUCGUGUAAGAUCGACAACUUGCAACUUGUACCGCGACGAAUGUUAUAAUGAACGACAGCACAAAUUAUAUUCCUCAAUUAGGUCAAUAUAUAUUCAAGUAACCAUCGUUGUUCAAGAGUCUGUUUCCAUCGAUCGGAGACCCAAGAGCGUCCAGCCUCGUUGAUUAAUAAUCUGAUUGGUUCGAUCAACCUGCAAUCAAUUGUUAUACUUGUGCUUGAAAUUUGCUAAAGCCACUGUCAUUCUCUACUCGAUGAACUUACGUGAUGCACUCACAAAAAUUGUUCGCGUUCAGCUGUGGUCCAAAACAAGUGUUCUGCAAUAAAACUUAAGUUAAUAGUCAUUGUCGAGAGAACAAAAAUGUAAGCUAGCCUGAUGUGAACGAUCUCCGCGAGACGGUCACACAGCCAAGAUGAAACGAUUAGAAGAAAAGACGCAAAUAAAGUUACAGGAACGAAUGACCAGUGGAGUGUUGAUACUCGGAAAUUGUGUUAUCUGAUUAGCAGCCGAUGUAAGGUGAACGAACGUAACAAAUGCUAUUGAAAUUGUAAAUCUAUUGUGAUUGAAUCUGUCAAUCAUUGUGUUCAACGUAACUAGGUAAACUUAACGGAGUGGAUCUAAAUCUUCAUACGGAGUAUGAAAGCAGAGAAAAUACUCCAUAGUCGUUGUACAUAAGCAUAGACCUUUAAAUGCAAUUAGAUGGUCGUUCGUGAAAUCCAUAGGUGGAAAAAGAGAUUUUUUAUUUUUCUGUUAGCUAGAGAGCGCUCCCGUUGGUCGUCCAUUCAAUUAGAAACUAAUCUCAAAAUCUUAAGGACACGAAGCGAUAACUUUCGUCUGACUGUAAAGAAAAAAGACAGAAGUUGGAUAUAAUUUAAAUUUUGAAAAUAUAAUGAUCUGCCACAACUGUCUUCCCCCUAACCCACGCCCCGUGGACUUGGACGCAAAUUGUUAAACCUAACGCGUCACAUGGUCAUGAUUAAAAUACUGGAAAAAGAAAUUGCAAGAGCAAAAGUUAUGUCGGACGAUCCAUGAGAGCAAUUCGGCGUUUGCAGAGAAAAGACGGAUCAUUGCGAGAGAAAAAGAAUAUUUAAAAAAUUUAAAUCCCAUUCCUUCAGUCUGAAACCAUGUCAGUUGAGCGCCACCUUCUAAGGAUGAUACCGUUGUUCGUUAGAAAUCAUCGUGCCACUUGUUUUUUUGUCUUUCAAAAGAAGUCUCAGCUAUACUACUUCUCCAGCAGAAUAUUCUCUAAUAAGCUUUAUCUAAAAGAGGAGAAAACAAAAUUAUUUCGUGAAUGCACGAACGUUUACUAACAUAAUAGCAUUCCUUUUUCUUAGAGUAGUCGUCGACACGUACCGAUCAUAUAUUAAGAAGAAAAACCCAUUUUUAUACAUAGUUGUGAGCCAAGAGAGUUCGUAUAUAGCCUUUACAUAUAUAUAUAUAUAUAUAUAUAUAUAUAUUUCAUCUUAAUUUAAUGUAUUUUCGCAUUACCUAACCUUUCGAUUAUAAAAGAUAUUUGUUAGCAUUUUUGAAUUGCUAGUGUGCGUAUGUCACAGGGCAUACGCAAAAGGGAGUUUUGAAUAUCUGUCCAAAGCUGUAUAGUUUCUAUAAGAGUGACCCAACAUCGUGGAAACUCUGCGUCGCGUUAUAUAAUAUAAUCCUUAAAGAGAAGGAAAGCCGUUAUAACGAAAAUUCCAUUGAAAGCGAUCGACGUCUCGUCGAAAAUUCAUAUUAAAGUGCGAUCAAGAAGAUUACAAGAAUUGCAUUAAUUUCGCGAAUUAUCGAGCGCUUUCACACUAGUGCGAGCGUAAUAUAUAUUUUGAGAUUAAAAAAAUACUUGUAACAAAUGAAAAUUACCUAAGUUACCUAAUCCUUUACAUUAGUGUUUAUACAUUUAUGUUUUCUACCUUAAUCUUAAAUAUUCAUAGUGAUUUUUUGAUAUUAGCCUUAGCGCAGGCAAUUAUCGUUUUAUUGCCACCUAACGUUCGAGAGUAGCUCGAGAGACAGGAUGCGAUACGUUUAAGAAAAAUCCAAAGUAUGUAUAAUCGUGCAUCUUUGACGAUGUUCAAUUCCGAUUUGUCCGCUGUGACGAACUUUGCGUGCGCCUCGCGGUCACGAGUUCGAUCGAUAUAAAACCGACACUGUGUAGCGUGUAGAAAGCAAAAAUACAACUUAUAUCUUGCCAAUCGGAAAUUUUGCACAUUCAAAUCCGAUGAUCGUUAACUAAUCAACGUUCGGCCGUCAAACGUCCAAUUUUCUUUCCCGACUUGUCACUGAACACAAAUCUACUUGAGCUGUCGAGAAAGAUGCCCAUUUAUAAUAAAUUCUUAAAUUCUAAUCUACACUAACAGCCAUAAAACUUAACGAACUUUACGGACCAUCGCAACGAUCACGUUGCUCUAUGUCAAUAUAAUAAUUUUGUAAUUUAUGGCAAUUUGCAAAAUUUCCUAGCGAAAGCCCCUUGAAAGGGUAUUAAGAUACAAAGUGGAUUAUUCGAUGUGUUUGCUGAACGUUGGUACAGUUUCCGGCAUUCGGUCACCCCAUUUACACGGUGUGCAAACAAAUAUCUAGAAUCUACAGUUCCAUCCGAAAUGUUCGUAACUAGUUUAGACACCUGUUGUAACAAGAGUGACGUGUUACAAAAAGAAAAUUACACGCCCGCACGCAUAAUGGCAUUUAUUGUGUGAAAAAAGUAAAUCGGUGUUCAGCCUACCCCCAUCUUACGUCCUUCCCCCCUCCCCCCGGCUCUAGCACCCCUUCGUCACCCAAUCCCAGCAAUCUUAGUCCUUUAAGACGACGUUCAACUAUGUUGUGAAUCGUACCUACAGAAUUCCACGUUAUUAUUAUUAUUAUCGAGCGAGAUCGAGACACUCUUGUGAGGUAAAUAAAACAGCAACUCGACCAACAAGCUUAGAACUAACCAAUGAAAUCUAGUUAGUAAUUCAAAAUUUGCCGAUGUGUCUAGGAAGAAUCUAGUCUUUUAUAAAGGACGAACGUGAAAUGAUUUAUAUUUUGUGAAUUGCGUCUUAAGACGCACUUCGAUACGUAGAUAGGUGACAAUAUUAUGAUCGUGUCGUGCUCUACUCUAACUGAAAGUAAUGAAGUACACUGUGUAAAUUAGUGAAUAUUUUUAAUAAAUGGAUCAUUAAAUUAAA